AUUCUGGAAAAAACACAAAAAAGCUCCUGGACGCUGGACGGGGAAGACGACUUGGUGCUCGUGCUGCCCCGAGAUCUAACCAAAACCCGCGUCCCAUAUCCAUCCCGCCCUCACCGUCCGGCGAUCCCCCAAGCAUACUAGAUCAUCCGCUCCGACUGGUAGCUGAGGGCGCACGGUGGAAGGGCUCGCCAGUUAAGGGUGCCAAGCGCUCGGGCAGCGAGCGGGCGGCGAGGAGACGAUGCCGGUGGCUGCGUCGGCUAUCUAUUUCCUCAAUCUUCGCGGGGACGUCCUCAUCAACCGCCUCUACCGCGACGAUGUCGGUGGAAAUAUGGUUGAUGCAUUCAGGAUGCACAUUAUGCAAACAAAAGAACUUGGUACAUGUCCUGUUCGGCAAAUAGGAGGCUGUUCCUUUCUUUACAUGAGGAUCAGUAAUGUUUAUAUUGUGAUCGUGGUUAGCAGCAAUGCUAAUGUCUCUUGUGCAUUCAAGUUCGUUGUGGAGGCAGUCGCUCUCUUCAAGUCCUACUUUGGCGGAACUUUUGAUGAAGAUGCUAUCAGGAACAACUUUGUUUUAAUUUAUGAACUUCUUGAUGAGAUUAUGGACUUCGGUUAUCCUCAGAAUCUCUCACCUGAAAUUUUAAAGUUAUAUAUAACUCAAGAAGGAGUUCGUUCGCCAUUUUCCUCCAAGCCUUCGGAUAAGCCUGUCCCAAAUGCUACUCUACAAGUCACUGGUGCUGUCGGUUGGCGAAGAGAGGGUCUUGUGUACAAGAAGAAUGAGGUUUUCCUGGACAUUGUUGAGAGUGUAAACCUUCUUAUGUCUUCUAAAGGGAAUGUCCUACGAUGUGAUGUGACAGGAAAGAUUCUUAUGAAGUGCUUCCUUUCUGGAAUGCCUGAUCUAAAGUUGGGAUUAAAUGACAAGAUUGGACUUGAAAAAGAAGCCCAACUGAAGUCCAGGCCUGCAAAGAGUGGGAAGACCAUAGAACUUGAUGAUGUCACAUUCCACCAGUGUGUCAACCUAACAAGAUUUAACUCAGAAAAGACGGUCAGCUUUGUGCCACCAGAUGGUGAAUUUGAAUUGAUGAAGUAUCGAAUCACGGAGGGCGUAAAUCUUCCCUUCCGGGUUCUGCCCACAAUUAAGGAAUUGGGCCGAACACGGAUGGAGAUUAAUGUGAAAGUUAAGAGUGUCUUUGGUGCUAAGAUGUUUGCACUUGGUGUUGUCGUCAAAGUCCCAGUACCAAAGCAAACAGCAAAGACGAGUUUCCAAACAACAUCUGGCAAAGCCAAAUAUAAUGCUUCAAUUGAUUCCCUGGUGUGGAAGAUCAGGAAAUUCCCUGGACAGACCGAGGCAACAAUGAGUGCCGAAGUUGAGCUGAUCUCUACAAUGGGGGAAAAGAAGUUAGCGAACAGGCCACCAAUUCAGAUGGAAUUCCAGGUCCCGAUGUUCACAGCUUCCGGUUUACGUGUUCGCUUCCUUAAGGUGUGGGAAAAAAGUGGUUACAACACCGUUGAGUGGGUUCGCUACAUCACAAGGGCUGGAUCAUACGAGAUAAGGUGUUAGUGACCAGCAAAAUGGUAUGGGCCAUGGGCUCCUUUGAACAGUUCUUUCAAGGAUUCGUGGAGAUCUUUUUGUACGGCGUCAUGCAUGAUCAAAAAGCGCGUACAUAUCUGUCAGCAGAAGGUUAUUCUGAAAUAAACAAAAAAAUCUGUCAGCAGAAGGCAUAUCAGAGCAGAAAAAAUUCCUAUGUUCCUUGUUUUCAUUUUGACAUGGGAUCUGUACUUCCCCGCUUGUCCUUUUUGUGUGGUAGGGCAAAUUUUAUUGUAUAUCUGGCUGUAGUGUUCGUUCUUGUCGACCAAUAUACCAAUUAUGAGUUUGUGCUGCUCUUUUCUUAAAUGGAUGUAUGGAACCAUGAA